AUGCUCUCUAUAAUCUUCAUUCUUAAUUUACUGCUUAAUACCGGUGUAUUCACAGUUCAUUCUGCCUCAGAUAUGCAUCAUAAGACUUCUGAAGAGAAUGUUAAAAAAUCUAUUCAAAAAAACGACAGGAAUCUAUCCUACUUGAAUACAAAUCCCGUAAGUAACAGCAGGAUCACCAACAUGUCUGACAAAUACACUGAAUUACAAAAUCAAAAGCUAAUUUUUCUGUACACAAUGAAUACACAGACUUCAGAUGAAUUUUAUUUUGAUUAUCCGAAUAUAAAUAAGGUGAUAAUCGAAGGUGUUCUCCAACGUUUGAGAAAUUCACCUGUCAGCGACAAUACUUCAGCCUUUUAUUCAUCAUUUUCAAAAGAUCGUUUGAUAAAACGUUCUGUACUGACUUCAGACUAUGUGUCUUCCACCACUGCUGCCUCAGUCUCUGGCUCAACAUCAUCAUCAUUACUGCCUUCAACAUUACCGCCUUCCACUAUAACUGCCUAUGAUAUAGACUUUGUUCGUGUCAAAAUUCAGGGAAUUAUAUUUGAUGUUAAAUUUCAACGUCCAGAUUAUAAAUCGAAUGGAGGUUUACAUCUACGUAAUUUAAUGAAACCAUUUCAACAUUUGUUGUUAGACCCACAGUAUACUGAACAAGUGAUUACAACUUAUAAUCCCUUGGUGAUGCAAAAUGAAAUAUGCAAAGAAUUCGAGAAUAAUCAAUCUGACCAGCAUGUUACAAAUACUUUCUUCAUAGUGAAUGAUGUCGGUGCACUUGUCGAUCGACCAAUGCAGGACAGGCUACAUCGACUGUUCUUUCAAAUCACAUCUGCACUUGGUAUACCCAGUAUUACAUGGUUACCAACUAGAGUUGGACAAUUUGAGCUGGAUGAUUCACAGUUGGCUAUUCGCUUAGAGCCACUGACUUGGCAUGUAGCACGAGGAUUGGUCGAUUUCAUGCAGGCGUAUAAAUGGAAUCUUGUUGUCAUGGUAUACGAUACACUGGUGCCUGGAUCAGAUGUUUUAGUUGAAGAAAUAAGAGCAUUACAGAUAGAAAGAAGUGCACAAGAUCAUCCAAACUAUUUCGAAUUUGAAAUAAACUAUCAGUUUCCGUUCGAGGGAUUAACGUCCGUUGAGUUCUUUGAAUGCAUAGAUGCACUGCUACGCGAAAUUCGACCAUGUUUAGAACCAUUACUUAAUAUUCUAGAGAGUAUAUACCAUGCAGAUGCACGAGUCAUAAUCUUUAAUGGAAACGUCUUUGAUUUAAAUACACUAUUGUACAUAGCAGACAGUUUAAAUGGAACAAAACAUGAACAUUUGAAAGCACUAUUCGGAGAAGACUAUGUAUGGAUAUUUACACCGUCUACCAUGAGUUCUCUUAAUGUUGCACACAGUCAAGACAAAGAAUCAGAGGAUAAUAAUGUCCUAGCAGAAUCAACUAUGUUUAAAAAAAUCCCUGGUAUGUUUGCUUUAAUAUGUUUAAAUGAUUACAGUAGCCGUAAACGUAGUGCUGAAAUCGCUCGUGAAGUCUGGCAAAAAUCAAUGAUUGAAUUGAUUUAUCAACUGACGCAAAUCUAUCCACCAGACAGAUCGAUACAGAUUGACACGCUGAACAAAGAUACAUUGGUUUACUUCAAACAAAUCUUGGAAAAGCUUAGACCUGUAAAAUUAUGCCAGUAUUCUGACCAUUUAAGUUGGCAAUGGGGACGAAGAAUGUACGACAUUAUGCACACAAUCGUUGUGAACGUGGAUAAUGAACCGAUCACUUUUCUACCGAAUGGUGGAUUAAAUGUCUCCAGAUUAUACAUUUAUAAUUCCAGGAUUACUGAUGGUCAAAUGAAAUGGUAUAGGGUGGGAACCUGGUCUAUGAGUAGUAAAUGGGGAAGGAGUAAAUCGAAGCUGAGAAUUGAUGGCGUUACUUGGCCUGGUGCAGCGAAUUCGCCGCCUAAGGGUCGACCAAAUAAAUUCAAGCUACGGGUGGUUACAAUAAAAGAGAUACCCUUUGUAAUUUAUACUAAAGCUCAAGAAGGUGGAACAUGUGAUGCAAAUUCAAUUCCUUGCAAACUUCGGCCAGAAUCUCUACAAGGUGAAGAUAUCUCCGGGAAAACUUCAAUCAUGCAUAAAACACUUAGCUCAGUUGGAAUAAAUUCUAUUCAUAAAGAUUUGCAGAAACAGACUAAACAAGAGAUGUUCACAUCCAGAUGA